UGUUAUACUAACAUAUUGUAUGUGAUUAGACUUGAAGGAAAGGUAGCACUAAUAACCGGUGCUGCUAGCGGAAUUGGCGAGUCCACUGCCCGACUAUUCUCCAAACACGGAGCAAAAGUGUUGAUUGCAGACAUCCAAGAUGACUUGGGAGAGGAAGUAUGCAAAGAUUUGGGACAAUCAUCAGCUUCUUUUGUCCACUGUGAUGUAACUAAAGAAUCCGAUAUAGAAACCGCAGUUGACACAGCUGUAGCGAAAUAUGGCAAGCUGGAUAUAAUGUACAAUAAUGCUGGUAUAGCAGGGAUAAAGAAACAAAGUAGUCUUGACUGCGAAAAAUCAGAAUUUGAAAAGAUCAUUAGUGUAAGCCUCCUAGGUGUGUUCUUGGGUGCUAAACAUGCUGCCCGGGUGAUGAUCCCCAAUAGCCAUGGGAGCAUAAUCACGACUGCCAGUGUCUGUUCUUCCAUAGGAGGUUGUGCUUCACAUGUGUACACAAGUUCAAAACACGGGGUCGUAGGACUAACGAGAAAUAUCGCAGUCGAACUUGGAAAAUAUGGCAUACGUGUAAACUGUGUGUCACCACACCUUGUUGCUACACCUCUGGCUAAGGAUUUCUUCAAAUUGAACGAUGAGGAAUGCUGUAAUGUGUAUUCCCACCUCAAAGGUGUUGUUCUUGAGUCAGAAGAUGUGGCUGAAGCUGCUCUUUUCUUGGCAAGUGAUGAGUCAAAGUAUGUGAGUGGACAUAAUCUUCUUGUUGAUGGAGGCUUCACCAUUAUGAAUUCAGCAUUCUCCAUAUUUAACAAUCUGCAUUCAGGAGUUUCAAAGACUUGAUCUAUUCAAUCAGCAAUACUAUAAGCCAUCUGAUCAUCCUCUUGUUAUAUGUGCUUUAUUUCUCUAUUGUUUCCUCUGUAAAUUCAGCAUAUGUGCUCAUCGUUGUUCAUUAAGUUAUUAUUUAUGUUCGGUUCGGUUGACA